UCCUGAUACGCACCAGGACCUACAAUAAAACUCRGAACUCUGUUCCUACUUCGAAUCAUUUGAUAGAUUGUAACAUUCUGGAUUCACAUUCAUUUCAGAUAUAUUUAUUGAAAAGAUAAAUGGAGGAUAAAGGCGAGGACAGACACGCUGUAAAAUACUACCGAUUGUCGGAAAUCGAGGAACGAAAUUCAUUCAAGAGUACAUGGAUUAUAAUCAACCAUAAAGUCUACGAUGUCACCACAUUUUUGGAGGAGCACCCAGGUGGAGAGGAGGUCUUGAGAGAGCAGGCCGGCGGCGAUGCCACAGAGAGCUUUGAAGAUGUCGGACACUCAUCAGAUGCCAGGGAGAUGGCUGCCAACAUGGUCAUUGGAGAACUGCAUCCAGAUGACCGACUGAAGAUUGACAAACCUUCAGAACAACUCAAGGAAACCUCUAGUUGGUGGACAAACUGGUUGAUCCCUGGUUUGGCUGCAGCUGUCGUCACGGUGAUGUACCAAAUGUACACGUCGGAGAAGUAACUGCGCCAUCCGUUCGUCACCUUUGCAAAUCAUAUGUCAAUCAAUAUAACUGGCUUCAGAAUGACAGCUACAGAGCCUGCGUUUGAUCCCUGAGAAACUAUUGCUGCCUUUUGGGGAUUUGUACAGCUCAUAUGCAGUACUACAGUACUACAGUACACAGGAUUAAUUGAAUGUUUUUCCAUCCAAUCGCUCGGCAUCAUGUCAAUGAAGGCAUAUCAUUUUGUUGUUGUGUUAACCUUCAUUUUCUUGUCCUGAUUUACAUAUUGAUAAAUACAGUCGUGAAAAAGUAAGUACAUCUCCUGGAUUUUUUUUGAUUUUAAUAAAACCAUUUUUUUUUUUUGAUAUUUGGACAGAUGGAUAUGUAAUCUUCACUUUAACAAUAUUGACAGAUAAAGGUAACCUAAUUUAACCAAUGACACUGAAUGAUUACUUUGCAAUCAUUUAUUCAUAAAAAAAUGUACAGAAAUGCAAUUCCAGUGCAGAAAAAAUAAGUACACCCCUAGCUUCAAUAGCUGGUGUUGCCCCCUUUUUGCUGAAAUAACUUAAUGUAGUCGUUUUUUGUAAAUGUCUAUCAGUCUCUUACAUCGAAUGGGAUUCAUUUUUGCCCACUUGUCUUUACAGUACUGCUUCAACCGUGCCAUGUUCGAGGGCUUUAUUGCAUGCACGGCCUGCUUCAAGUCCCCCCACAGCAUUUCGACAGAAUUGAGAUCUGCGCCUUAAGUCGGCUGUUCCAUAAACUUCCAAUUCUUAUUUUUGAGCCAUUCUGCUGUAGCUUUGCUUGUGUGUUUUGGAUCAUUGUCCUGUUGCAAGAUCCAUGUUCGGUUCAGCUUCAGCUUUUUGACAGAUGGCCUCACAUGCUCCUCAAGAAUUCUCUGGUACAAUAUGGAAUUCAUGGUUGACUCAGGGCCUGGCCAAUUUGCCAUCAUUGAGGGAGCAAAGCCGCACCAAACCAUAAUGCUACCGAAACCCAUGCUUUACGGUUGGUAAGAGGUUCUUCUGUUCAAAGGCAGUGUUUCAUUUCCGCCAAACAUGGUUUCUGGCAUUGCAACUCCACCUUUGACUCAUCUUUCCAGAGCACAUUGUUCAAGUAGUUUUG